GUGUAGCGGUGGCGUGUUGUUUUUGAGUGCUUGUUUGGUGUUCAGCAUGCCUGAGCCGGCCAAGUCCGCGCCCGCCCCGAAGAAGGGCUCCAAGAAGGCGGUCACCAAGACGCAGAAGAAGGGCGACAAGAAGCGCAAGAAGAGUCGCAAGGAGAGCUACUCGAUCUACGUGUACAAGGUGCUGAAGCAGGUGCACCCCGACACGGGCAUCUCGUCCAAGGCCAUGGGCAUCAUGAACUCGUUCGUCAACGACAUCUUCGAGCGCAUCGCCGGCGAGGCGUCGCGCCUGGCGCACUACAACAAGCGCUCGACCAUCACGUCGCGGGAGAUCCAGACGGCCGUGCGGCUGCUGCUGCCCGGCGAGCUGGCCAAGCACGCGGUCUCCGAGGGCACCAAGGCGGUCACCAAGUACACCAGCUCCAAGUAGAGCGGUCCUGAUCCUCACUCUGAACCCAAAGGCUCUUUUCAGAGCCACCCACUCGUUCAAUGAAAGAGCUUUAAUUACUGUGUUUUAUUGUUAGGUGUCUUCUCUGCUAAUCUG